AUGGAUGAAAAGAUUGCAGCAGAAGAGAGCCCUUCAGGGGGACUGGAAACAUGCGAAGAUCGUUCAACAAGGCCUCUCAGUCGCUGCUGCUCCCUGAACGAUGGCUACGACCCUUGUACAACGGAGCGAACCCCCACCAGAUUAGCAACCGUGGAAGAAGAAAGAUUUCUCGUCACCUUGGAUGACCACGACACAGCGAACCCUCGCAAUUCUAGCCGCAUGCGAAAGUGGCUGAUCGUUAUCACUGGUUCCAUGGGUUCACUUUGUGUUACCUGUACCUCCUCCAUGUAUACCAUGACAUAUGCCCAAAUCACCAAAGAAUUCCAAGUUUCGAAUAUCGUGGCUACACUGGGGCUAUCCUUCUUUAUUUGGGGACUUGGCUUCGGUCCUCUGCUUCUCGCUCCUCUUUCAGAGUUCUACGGCCGUCGACCGAUUUACAUAUGCUCCUUGGCGAUGUUUUUGGUUUGGCUGAUUCCAUGUGCUGUGGCAAGAAACAUCGAAACACUAUUGAUCGGAAGGCUAUUCAGCGGACUUGCGGGCAGCGCAUUUUUGAGCGUUGCAGGUGGAACAGUUGCGGACCUCUUUCCACGUCAUGAGCUCGCAGCCCCUAUGAUGGUAUAUACGGCGAGUCCAUUUAUUGGACCAGAGAUAGGUCCCUUGGUUGGAGGCUUUAUCAAUCAAUAUACAACCUGGCGGUGGUCCUUUUAUGUCCUGAUGAUAUGGACCGGCGUGCUCCUUGCAAUUAUUGUUUUCUGCACGCCCGAGACAUUCCAGCCCAUCCUUCUGAAAAGAAAAGCCCAAAAAAUGCGUAUCGAGACGGGCGACGAACGAUGGAGAAGCUCAUUAGACGGUGGAGAGAAAAGCAUCCUCGCCACUGUGGGCCAAUCAAUUUACCGACCAAUUCAGCUGUUGGUAUUUGAGCCGAUGUGUCUGAACCUCUGCAUAUUCUCGGCUAUAUUGCUUGGUGUUCUGUAUCUAUUCUUUGGUGCUUCUCAACUCGUCUUCGGCAACAUUUACGAAUUCAGCCUUUGGCAACGAGGAUGCAGCUUUCUUGGCCUGCUAGUCGGCAUGGUCCUUGCUAUUCUUUCGGAUAGGUUCUGGGGUUGGAAUUAUGCUCGGUUGGAACAAAAGCAAGCCAAGGAAUCUCCCGAGUCACCACCCCAGCCCGAAUGGCGCUUGCCACCUGCUAUCAUGGGCGCUCCAUUGGUGACGAUCGGACUGUUCAUCUUUGCAUGGACAAUUUAUCCUGGUGUGCACUGGAUUGGCCCGAUAAUUGGCAGUGGCGUAUUUGGAGCAGGAACAAUCCUGGUUUACUCGGGUAUCUUCACAUUUUUGGUCGACGCAUACCCAUCCUAUGCUGCCAGUGCACUUGCCGCGAACAGUUUCGCUCGGUCGGCUUUUGGGGGGGUUUUCCCACCUCUCGGUGUACAAAGUCCGUAUUGCAUCCUUCUCCCGGCUUUCUCGUUAUGGCUCUGA